GGGGAGGGCGUAAGGGGGGUGGUAUUUAAAGGGAAAAGCUGACAGUGCUGCCGAGUGAGGGAGCCGGUGCUGGGAGCUGCUGGGCUGCGCUCGAAACACACACAGAUGCACACAGACCCUGACACCGACAUGGAUAUGGACAUGGACACAGAAACCACAGCACUUUGUCCCUCCGGCAGCCACCAGGCCUCCCCACCAGGGACACCCACACCAGAAGCAGAUGCCAUACUUCUGAAGAAGCCAGAGAAACUGUUAGCAGGGUUGGACCGAAGCGGGCCACCCCCUAUCCCUGGAGCCCCCAGACGAAGAGGCAGUAUGCCUCUACCCUACAAGCACCAGCUUCGGCGGGCCCAGGCUGUAGAUGAACUUGACUGGCCACCUCAGGGCUCAUCCUCUGGCUCUUCUGAUUCCUUGGGCUCCGGAGAGGCAGCCCCUCCCCAAAAGGAUGAAGUCUUCAAGGUCAUGCUGGUGGGGGAGAGCGGUGUAGGCAAGAGCACCCUAGCAGGCACUUUUGGCGGUCUCCAGGGAGACAGUGCUCAUGAACCGGAGAAUGCAGAAGACACCUAUGAGAGACGCAUCAUGGUGGAUAAAGAGGAAGUGACUUUAGUUGUUUAUGACAUCUGGGAACAGGGGGACGCAGGGGGGUGGCUGCGGGACCACUGCCUUCAGACGGGGGACGCCUUUCUCAUCGUCUUCUCAGUCACCGAUCGACGAAGCUUCUCCAAAGUUCCAGAGACUUUAUUUCGGCUACGGGCUGGGAGGCCCCAUCAUGACCUACCUGUCAUCCUCGUGGGAAACAAAAGUGACCUGGCUCGGUCCCGGGAAGUGUCACUGGAGGAAGGCCGCCACUUGGCCGGGACGCUGGGCUGCAAGCACAUCGAGACGUCGGCCGCGCUGCACCACAACACGCGGGAGCUCUUCGAGGGCGCGGUGCGCCAGAUCAGGCUGAGGCGGGGCCGGGGCCGGGCCGGGGGCCAGCGGCCAGAGUCUGGCAGCCCCGAGGGCCCUGCGCCGCCUGCGCGCCGCGAGAGCCUCACCAAGAAGGCCAAACGCUUCCUCGCCAACCUGGUGCCGCGCAACGCCAAGUUCUUCAAACAACGCUCCAGGUCGUGUCACGACCUCUCAGUACUCUGAGCCGCGGUCGCCAUGGCCACUGCGGUCGCCAUGGCCACCGCGCCCUCCGCAGGCCCCGCCCCGCCCCCAACCGGCUUCCUUUGUAGAGGCCGUCUAGGAAACCAAAAACUCCCAGGAUGCUCUGGGGUGACCACGGGGGCGGGGUAGGUGGGCGUGGCUGGCGGCGCCACCAAGUGUUCCGGAUGGCCCGCCACCCGGGCGAGUGGAAGGGGUGGACAGGGGUUUCGCGCCGGCAGCUUGGCCGGCUGGUGGGCAAGUCAGGAAGGAAAAUAGUCCUGAAAGGUAGUUUUCUUUUCUCAAUGCUUGGUCACUUCUAUAAAGAAAUUCUAAAAACGGUAACUGGAACAGUGCUUUGUAGUCCUGGACAGAGAGGACCUCCGUUGUACUCCGUACAUGCCUCGCCUUUAAGACAUUUUUAAAGGUAAGGACUCGGAGGUCCUGCUUCCAGACUUCAGAAAAAGUUCCGACUCUUACCUCCCGCGCUGUUCCACUUUGCCCUUAAGUGCUUAAAAGCAAGGGCCUAGAAGUGUUAUUCCUGAGAUUGAAUUCUGUGAUUUCCUAUCCCACUGGGGCACUUCCCCCUUAAGGUCAUUAAAGGUAAAGUGUGGACAGAUUUUCUGCCUUUAAAUGCCGGAGGGAAGAGCAGAGUGGUGGCAAUCCCUUGGCCAGGGCCCGGGAGGCACCAACCAGCAAGAGCCACCCCUUACCUUAUCAAUAAAUAAUUUUUCUAUUGCA